UAUAGUACAAUACUGAUUUUAUUAGUACAGCGGCCGACAGUCGAUCAUUGAACGUUCCAAGUCCAGCUGGUUAUAAUAAACAAUAUUUACAUUACUUAUACGAAAAGAAUGUAUGUUUUUAUUUGUUGCCUGUUGUUGAAUACAGACAGUUGACGAUUAUUUUUGAGUGUAGGAACAUUUUUAAAAGUUAUUUUUGUCAUAAUAUUUAAUACUUACGUGCUUAUUAUUAUUGUCCGCCAUUGAAUUAAAAAAAUAAGUAUUAUUGUUCAAUUGCAUUUUAGUUUAACCACUGUCAUUGUUUUUUGAUUAUUCACUAGAAAAUCAGUAGACAAUGAGACAAGAUUCGGAGGAAAUCCAGUAAGUAUGUAUAAUUUAUUGAAAUGAAUUAUUCACUAGCUAUGUAAUACGUAUAAGACGUAUAGGGCAUGGUUGCAAAUCAUAGGAUUUAGAAAUCUAAAUUCGGAUUUUGGUUUUUAAAAUCCUUUUUAUAAUAAGGUUUAGAUUUUUGAUAUAGAUUUUCAAAUCCGUUUGAAAUAAAAAAUAUUUUGGUAGGUAAGUAUAUAAAAAAUGAUUCAGUGAUUGCAAUUUUUAAUUAAAAAAUGUAUUUAUACCUAUUAGAUAAUUAUAGUAAAUUUAAUAGUUUCUUUUUACCAAAUAUAAUUUGUUAACUGUAUUAGGUAAAAAUUUCAAAUUUUGGAUCAUUAAUGAUCAAUUGUGGCAUCACUAGGUGCUUAAAUUUUUUUUCGGAGGGAUGGUUAGAGCCUUUCUUACUAAAAUUUCCGAAAAGAUAUUGACGAGCAAUUUAUUUCUUCACUCUUAAGAGGCACCACAGAUGCUCCCCAUCUUAAUCAAACUAUCAAACAUAAGUUUUUGUAUACCUUUCUUUUUUUCUAAACAUUACUCCCUCUUCCUUGUACCAGCCCACAGUACAUACUACUGUAAUAACCACCCCUUACAUAGAAUGCUUCAUAAUUUAAAUAGCUUUAAUUUUGAUUUCAACUAUAAUCAUUAAAUGUACGACUCUAGUUGUAAUGUUUUUAUAUUUAAUUUAAUUUGUAUUUAUUAAAUUAUUAUUAUUAUUAUUAUUAUUAUUUUUUUUUUGUAGGGUGGCAAUAUAUCACCAUCUAAUUUAUAUUUUGUUUUCUCAGUAUUAUUUUCGUUUUUACUGUGUAUUAUUAGUAUUAUAUUAUAAAUAACUGUUACUAGUAAAUCAAACCCUAAAUGUAAUUACAAAAUUUCCGACUAGCGUUUAUAAAUAAAUAAAUAAAUAAGUUGUUUGGCAAAAUUUUCUUUCUGGUUUUCAUAAUUUAUUUGAAAAUCCCUUGGAAUAUCUUAAAAUGACCUAUAUAAUGUAACUUUACUAGAAAAAAUUUCCUUUCAGUAAAAAUACUGUAAUCUAUAUUUUGAAGCAAAAUUUCUAGUAGAAAAGUUGUUUAUAAAUAGAAAAAAAUAUAAAGCGUCGUUUGUUCAUAGUAAAACCAAUGGAUCCUUCGCUAAGCUCUUAAUCUAAAAAUGUAGGCACACUCAUUAUCUCGGAAAGUAUUCAUUUUUUUCAGAAUUUGUUUUCUAGAACAUUUAAAAAACAAGCAGCUCUAAAAUUUUGUAUUUACGUUUUUUUUUGUUACUCUUAUUUUAAGGGGUGAAACCACUACCUAAUUUUGAUUUUCAAAAGGCAAUCUUUAAAAAGUCCGUAAAUAGAGGGAGUUUUAGUUAAAAUCAAUUUCAGUGUUGAUAUUUUUGAUUUCCUUUGAUCCGUUAACGAGAUAUUCUACUUUUAAGUUUGGGUUGGAGGAGAGUAAUAAAGUGUCAUUUGUUUGGCGGUACGGCGUGCGAUGUGUUAUUAAUGCACCGCUACUCGCUUCUGCAACCUAAAAUUAAAAAUGGAAUAUCUCGACAACGGCUUGACGGACAUAAAAAAUUGUUUUCACAAUAUAUAGUAUAAAGUGUUAUGUUUAGCAUCGUGGAAUAGCUAUAGGUUAUUGGAACUAUCAUAAUUAAUGAAAUCCACUUUUUUUUAAAGCAAUAUUAUCAAUUUCAUCUAUAAAAACUUCUUUAACCUAAUUAAUUCCUUUUUUUUAUAUUUAUUUAUAUUCAAAUUGAGAUCCAAUCAUCAGAAUCAUUGAAAUUUAUUUGAUUGCUGUUUUGAAUUGAAAAACAUUAGGGUUAUUAUUUGAGACAAAACGUUGUCGAAUCAGUCCAAAAAGUAACUCUAGGUUGUUCUGAGAAAAUGUAUACGUUAAAAUAUAAUUAUAAUUUGUAUGCUGUGGAAAUAGUUGUUUGGAUAAGGAAAAAAUUGAUUUAACUGCAAUAGAAAACCUUAAAAUAAAAGUUUUUUUUUUUUUUAUUGGAAGUAUAUAAUAGGGAAUCUUUAAAUGUUAGAGUGAAUAGCUAAUGUACAAUUAAUAGUGCUAUAAUUUUUUAAGUUUCAUCAUAUUAUUAGAAAAAAUAGGGGACUUUUUAAAAUUUAUUUUUGGAAUUGAGAAAAUCCAAAAGAACAUGACACCACCAUAGUUUUAUUUAAAUAUAAUUAUAUUACAUUAUAUACCAAACGAAUAAAACAAGUAAUACAAAAAUAAUUCAAAUAACUCAAUUGAAAUUUGGAAUCGGUUAUCGAAACCGUUUAUAUCGGUUAUUAUUAUUAACUACAUUUCAAACGUAAACAAUGCAAAAUUAACAUAUGGCAGCAGUUUCACUGAUUUGUAUAGCAUGAUACACAAAGUCGGCUAUCUAGUUGUUUUAUAUAUUUGUGGUCAUAUUACAUUAAUAUAAAGUAGUAAACAAAGUGAAUGACGUACAUAGAGUGCAUUUAGAAUCAACAUUUUUUACAUAGGGGUGAACUUAUUUCAUUUUAAAUAAUGUUGAGGGGUUUAAAACAUAAAUAAGGAGAUGGCGGCUCAGUCCAAGUUCUCCCCUAUUACGUCUAUGGAUGGUAUAGAUAGUUUGCUUUUACUGGAACUCUUGUUCCUUGGAGUACUAGCUAGGCUUGGGGAAAAUUAUUAUUCGUAGACAAGCCCGAAUUCGACCAGCGUUCGUAUGGCGAAGAGCAUUUAAGUUGUUAUUAAAUUGGGCUGGUACUAGAGAUAAUAAAUUUAAAAAAAAAAAUUAAAAAAGUGAGAAGUUUGAAAUGAAGUAGAGGGGAAAUUUAAUGUAUAUCUGUAAGUAACGAUUAACCAUUGCUUAACCAAGCAAAGUUUGGUUGAUAGUGUUGCUUUGUCAACAAUAUUUAUGUCAUAUAGUAAAAUAAUUAAAUAAGCAUUAUAUAUUUUCUUUAAUAACUUUUGUUUAAUAUGUUACCUAUUAUUCCUGUUUUCCUUCGUUUUUCCAUGUUUUUCCCAGUUUUUCCCAUUUAUUGGGAAAACUCCUGAGAAAAUUUCUGGGAAAAUCUAAAAAUUACCUCUCUAAAGUACCUCCCAGUCCGAUAUACUUUCAGAAAAAGUGCUACACUUGUAAAUCUGAGCAAGAUUUCUGGUAUAAAAGUUGUCCACAGUAAAAACAAAUAAACAUCUUUGUAAAACUGAGAUUCUUCGCUCCACUCAGAAUCUAAAAUUGAAAAUAUUAAAAAAUGUUAUUUUAUAGUUUAUGGGUUAUCAGACUAAUGUGUUUCAAGUGUUGUACCAAAUGAACCUUUUCAAAUAUUUGCUUUGCAUUUUUCCCAAUUUUCUCGUUUGUAGUUAAGUUCAAUGUAAAUAAAUUAGUUCUAGGUGCGUACUGCCUAAAUUUAUAUGAGAGGUAUAAGCGUAAAUAUGGGGGUUUUGUCUCAAAACACAACCAAGCCUCCUAAAUCAAGUAAAUACUAAGUAAACAUUAUCGAUAUUAAGGGUAUUAAAGGGUGUUAAGCCCCUCUCUAAAAAAAAAAACAAAAAUAUUUGGACUAUUUGCAUCUCUGAUGAGAAGAGUUAAAACUUACAAAUUAAGUGAUUUUGGUUUUUAGGUAGCAAAAAACUGUAAUCACGUUUUUAAAAAAAAUUAAGAAACAAAUUGCUCUUAAAUGUUACAUUAUUCUUAAUUUCUAUCACUCUAAUUUUUAUGGGUGAAACAACUUAACCAUUACCAUGUUUUAAUUUUCAAUAGACAACUUAUGCUAAAAAUUCCAUUCUAAACGAUGAGGUUUAUUAAUACAUUUUGGUGUUAAACUUCUAUAAUAUUUUGUAUUUCAUUAGUAUACCAAUUUAAUCUUUAUUCAGUGGUCGAAAUAUUUAAACGAAGAAAACAGAUUGUGUCAAUAAAAAUCAUUAGUUUAUGUUUUUUUUUUUGUCACCGCUAUGUAAUGUAAUGUUUGUUAGUUGUUACGUUAUCUAAGAAACUAUUUUUUAUUUACGCGAUAAAAAACCUCGAUUAUUUAUAAAUAUAAAAAAAAAAGUAUGUUACUAAAUAUUAUAUACCUACUGACACUCGUAUUUAUCCAUAUAAAUAUGCAAUUUCGUUUCAUAGUAAUUUUAGAUUCUGUACGCAGUGAGGAAUGUAUUGGUUUUACUAUGACAUGUCCUUUUUUUCUGCUUGUUAAUAACUUUUAUACCAGAAAUCUUGCUCAAAUAAAAAAAAUUACGAGAGUGUUUUUGUAGAAUUUUGGAUCUAGUUAGUGCAUUAAGGAGGUAAUUUGUUGAUUUUUCUUAUAGUUUUCUUAAUAGUGGAAAUUUCUUAAUAAUGAGAAAAUGGAAAAGUUGUCAGCAAUAAUAGUAUUAUUAUUUUCAUUUUUUUUUUAACUUAAAAAAAUUAUAGUGAACUGAAAUUUUCACAAAACAAUCAUAUUAGUAUUUUCUAAACAUGGUAAAAUUUUCAACGCAUUCUGGUAAUUUGGUGUUUUUUAAAUUAUUUAUAUGCAUUUAACAUUUUCGAGUUUUUUAUUUUUUAAUUAAUUUUUGAGGAUAAAAUUUUUGUCGAACAGAAAUGCUUGGUAAUUAUUAUAGCAGGUGUAUUAAAAAUUGUAGCUAGUAACAAAAUAAAAAAAAAAAACGUUGGCUGUAAUAUAGCAUUUUUUUUAAACCAUUUUAAGGUAAAAUUUUGACAAAAAACGUAAAAAUCACGGAACUUCAAAACAUGUUUAAACGAACUUCGCUCAGGUUAGUAUUUCCUAUUAUUAACAAUGAUUUAUUAUUGCAUUCAGAUAUAAAUUAACACAACUCCAUAUAUCUUUUCUUUCCAACUUCUCACCUACAACAGUGGCACAUUCAUCUGCAUUAUUACCUCUUUAUUUUUCUAAUAAUUAUAAUUUAACGAUUUAUGUACUAAAUUUUCAGAAGAUUGAUCCCGUCGGAUGAUGAUGACGAUGGGCUACAAAAGAGUUCGUCACAUUUCGACGGUUUCUGGUGUCAUCUCUUAUUGUCGUUAUUCGGUGUUGUACUUUUGUUCACGGGAAUCGUUAUGGCCGAACUAUGGCCAUGGAUAUACAAAAACAUGAUGAGAAACGUAAGAAUUGAUGUUAUAAUAACCAAUAAUACUUGCACAAUCAGAAAAAAACUAAGAAACGUGAUUUUUCUAUCACUAUGUGUAAUACAGCAGUGUGCUCAAAGAGGGGAGAUGAAUAAAGCUCAACAUAAUAUAAUGUAUUAAAACCAAACAAUUUACGCUACGCUUGAAAUCCAAAAUAAAUAAAUAUUCACAUUGCUAGUAAUAGAAAAAAAAAAAAAUUAAUAUCAUAUAAUAUUAAUUUCAAAUAUGUUGUAUUAUAAUAAGGGAUAUUAUUUGGGGGCUGGUGAGGCUAGAGUCAAUAUUUCUGAGAAAUUGUACAUACAAGUAUAAAGCGGGAUCUAGCACCUGGAUUGGUAUUCAUAAAAACAAAUUUCAGUCACCUCCUCAAUAAAAAUCUAUGGAUACGUGUCAGUAAUAUUGCAUGUUAUUGCAUUACAUGUAUACCAUGGCAUAUUUUAGAUUCGUAGCGUAAUGAUUUUGGUUGGUUGGUUGGUUUUACUAUGUGUGUUAGUGAGAAAUUUUGCUCUGAGGCAUUGAUUAAAUAUACUUAAUCUUUGUCUGAAGUAUUAAGUGUACCACCUUUUCUAAAGAGAAAUGGGAUCUUUUUUUAAAUUGUAAGAAAGUUAUAGGUAAAACAGUAAAUAUUUACGGCGUGUUACCGAUUUCAUUAUUUUUAAUUUUUGCAAACUAUGUUUUAUACCAGAAAAUGCUUUAAUCAAAAAAUACCAAGAGUCUUAUUUUUGUUCAAUAUAGAUCUGAAAGAAAGUCAUUUUUUUAUUUUUCAAGUAGUUUUCAAAAUUAUUUGGAAAACCAGAAAAAGACGAAAAAUUAAGAACGACGAGUUUACGGCGCGUGGCGUACGAUUUCAUUACUUUAAAUUUGCAUGGCUUAAGUUUUCUAUCAAAAAUAUUGCUUCAAUAGAACAAUAACAAGAGAUCUUUUUUGAUACAUUGUUAAUCUAGUUGGUGACCUAGAAAGUUGCUUUUUUAUUUUCCUUGUAGUAAUUUUAACAACUAAAUCGAAAAUAACGUAGAAAGAAUUGAUUUUUUAAAAUUAUAAUUUGUUUUUUACAUUAUGUAUAUCCAGAAUCAUAGGCGAUUUUCCUGUAAAAUAUAACUGAAAUAUUAAUAAUAGAACAAAAUUAGUUUUAUUUGUACAUGAUAUUAAAUCCUAAUAAAUUGUCUAAUCUAAUUAAUAUAUAGAUAUACAUGUAUAAAAAUAAAUCGCUCAUCGUAGUAAAGCUUUAAAUCAUAAAAUAGUACAAAAAAAUACUAAUUGUUUCGUUUUUAAUUUAAAAUUAGUAGGGAAACAAUCCAACUGAAAUUUACGGUCCUCCGCUAAUGCGUCAGCCUCUGUGAAUAAAUGAUUUUAUAAAGUGUGAAAUCUAUUAAAUUUUCCAUUGCACUUUUUUCUGAGCAGAGAAAUGUUAUUAGAUUCAGACCAUAAUAAGGAUUGUAUUAGUUAUACAAUGAUAUUAAUUUUUUUUAGAUUCUGAGUGUAGCAAUUUGUUUUACUAUGUAUGUCUGUGAACAACUUUUCUACCAGCAAUCUUGCUCUCGCUCUGUACUACCUUUUCUGAAAAGUAAUUUUGUCUAGUUGGUAUAUUAAAAAGGUAAUUUUUUGGUUUUAUUGGUCUAUAAUAAUUCCAAUGGCGUAGCGGAGAUUUUUUUAAAGGGAGAGAGUAUUUUUAUUUUAUGUUAAAUUUACGAAGUUACAAUUUAUUGUGUAACUUUAUUGUGCAAAUAUCCAUGCGUAACAAAACAUAUCUUGUAGAAAUCUGAUGCAUAACUGCAUAUAUAGCAAAUAUAUAAUUUUUGGCAUAAAUAUGAACAAAGGGAGGUAUUUGAGUAUUAAAACACCCCCCUUGCUACGUCAUUAAAUAUACCUAUUAUAUGUUUUAAAAGUUAUGUUACCUUUUUUCGAAAAUGUGACACUAUGAUACUAAGACUUUAUUUAUUUAUAUAAUUCAUACAGAUACAGAUUCCGAUUACAAUAAAAAUUGUUUAUCUUAUUAUUUACAGUUAAGAGCUAAAUUCACAUUACUUUUAAAUUCACAAAAAUUAUCAACCAAAGGAUCAAUAUUUUACCUAUUAGUUAUACUCAUUAAACGAUGAAUUGGUUCAUUUGAUACUGAUUGAUUACUUGCUAAAGACGAAUAAAGCAAAUUGACAUUUCUUAAAUUAAUUUUAGGAAUCUUUAAACUUAUCAUACAUAAUAAUUCAGGGCAUUCAAUUAAAUUAUUAAGUAAUUUGUAUAAGAGAAAUAAAUCUAAUUUUUUCUUCUUAUUUUUAAAGCAUUUAAAUUUAAUAUACUGAGUUAUAGCUCAUAAGAUGUGUGUGCCUCUUUAUAAAUAUUAAAAUUAAUAAAAAAAAAAAAAUUAAAAAUCGGUGUUGGACAGCUUCUAGUCUUUAAUUAAACCUAUCUGAUGUGGUGCCCAUAGAGUGGAGUUUUAUUCAAGACAUCGGGCUAGUGAACAGUAUAAUGAUUUUAAGGCAAUAAUAUUUGUAAAAUUUUCACAGUGAUGUUUUAUAAAACCUAACUGUUUUGAUGCUUUAUUUAUUAUUUUAGAAAUAUGAAUACUAAAAGUUAAGUUAGAUUCAAAAAUAAUUCUUAGAUCUGUAAUAUUUAAAUCAAUUGGUAGUUUACAAUUAGAAAUUUGGUAUUUAAAAAUGAUAGGUAUUUUAAUUCAGUAAAAGGAAAUAAAAUUGUAUUUAUAUAUGUUCAUUUCGUUCUUUAAGCACCAGGUAACUAUAUUGUCUAUCAUUUUGUAGUAAAUAUGCAUCAUCAAUGGAUUUUAUAAAACCAAUAAAUUUGCAAUCAUCAGCAAACGAAAUAAAAGUAGCAAAACGUAGACAAAAAUUUAAAUCAUUUAUGAUUAUAUUCAAAAGAAGUGGUGAGAGAUAUGAUCCUUGUGGGACAUCAAAUGUUAUAUUUAUACAAGAAGAAAUAAAAUUUUUGUAUUUUACUAUUUGAAUUCUAAUAAUGACAAAUGAUGUAAACUAUGAUAAUAAUGGAUUAUUUAUACAAAUAAAAUUAAGUUUUUGUGAUAGAAUAAAGUGGUUAACCCUAUCAAAUGCUUUUAUGAAAUCAGUGUAAAUUACAUCUGUCUGAUAACCCUAACUGACGAAUUUUAUGAUUUUAUGAUAAAAAGUGAUUAAAUUAGUAAUAGUGGAGUGAUUUUUACGGAAUCCAUGUUGAUUAUCACAAAGAAUAUUUUUGAAUAAAGGUCCAAUUUUUUUAGGUAUUAUAUCUUCAAACGUUUUUGGAAGGAUGGAAGUAAUAAAUACAGGUCGAUAAAUUUUUGCAUCCAAUAAAUAACCUUUUUUUGGAAUUGACGUAACGUAUGAAGUCUUCCAAUAUUCAGGAUAAGAACCUAAUUAAAUUGAUAAAUUAUAAAGAUAUUGAAUUGGAGUAACAAUAUAGUUUCUAUAAGAUUUUAGAAAAUUAACUGAUAAGCCAUCAGGACCUAUUUGUAUGGAGCUUUUUAGUUUAAUAAGAGCAUCUUAUACAUCGUUAAACGAUAUAUUAAUAUUUUUAAUAUUAAUUAGAUUAUUAGGAUAAAGGGUACAGUUAUUUACUGAAAUGUUUGGCGAAUAAGUUAACUAUAUCUUGGCCGUUAUUAGCACAUUGAUUAUUUAAGUUUGAGGUAAAGAUCCGAGGAAUGAUUUUGAUUUAAUAAAAUUCUAGACUAGUUUACUGUUUUUGCUGAUUGAGUUUAAUUUAAAGUCUACUAUAAUUUUAUUUUUACAUAGUUUACAAAAAUUGGAAAAGAUCUUUAUAGUUUUGAUUAUUAUGGAGUUUUUUUGAAAUUUAAAUGCGCUAUUUUUUUUUGUUUUAUGAGAAUUUUAAUUCUUUGCUUAACCAUUUGUCGAUAUUCUCUAUAAGGAGAAGGAAGUCAUUUUAUCGUCCAAAUUGAUGGUCGAACGAUAAACAUGAUGAUUGUUAGUUCAAUGACCAAUCUUUGUGAGUUUCAAUUUUUUUGCUGAUGAAAUUUGACUCUGGACAUAAUAUGUGUUUUUAAAAAAUAAUCAAUACACAAACAGUUUAAUGGGAACAGUAUUGAUAAAUCGAUAGAUAAUAAUAGUAUAAUGAUGGUAAAAUAUUAAAAAUGUUUAAACAAUUACAGGAACUCGAGUUGAAAAAUGAUUCUCGGACGUACACAUAUUGGCAACGACUACCCGAACCGUUGACCAUGAGCGUAUAUCUGUUCAAUUGGACAAAUGCUGAAGAAACGUUGCGAAACGGACAAAAGCCCAUACUACAGCAAUUGGGACCAUAUGUUUUUAAGUAUGAAAUAUAAUUUUUUUUCUGUCGAUACGAACUAGACCGUGUACGUGUUUGUUCUCCAAAUGUUAAAUCCAAACGAGAUGAUUAUAUUAAUAAACUUACUUGUCGUUGAACGGUUAGGUUAGGUUAGGUUAAAAAAUUGGUUAGUUAUAUUACGUCAUAGGUUUUCAUAUCUGUAAAACUGAUUUUAAAGAACUAUUCAGUUAUUUUCCUCAUUUUUCUAAAUCAGUGACGUACCUAUAUGAGGGGGGGGAGGGGGGGGGUAAAGGGGCAUUCGCCCUCUGCCUCGUGGGCCAUUAUUAUAUGUGUGCAUUGUUAUUUGUUUUAAAUUUAUUUUGAAUUUUUUUUUUUUCAUGACGUACCACUUAAUAAUAAUAUAUAAACACGGUCGAAUAUUUUCAAAUAAUUGAAUCCAAAUUUAUGGUCAAAUAUUAUUGUUAUCUAUAGUCGAACCGGGUCAAGGUUUCUGGUGUUUUCAAUUUCGUUUAGGCGGUUUUACCGUUGUCUUUUAUCAUUGAUUUCUAGUUAUGAAACAAAUGUGUCAGAAUCGUUAUGCAGGCUCGCAGUACUGUUACAUAUUUACUAGUGUUGAGCCGAUAUGACUUUUUUCCUAUAUCCGAUAUUUAAAAAUUUGCUACCGAUAUAAAACCGAUAAUAUCUAACCGAUAUAAACUAUCAAAUAUUUUUUUGAAACCACAAGCCGAUAUUCAAAUUAUCCGAUAAUUCAUAAAAUUAUAUAAACAAGAUAAUCCGAUUCGUCCAUUAAUUAACUCUAAAAUUGCUUUAGCUUAUAUAACCUUACUAAAUAUUUAGAUUCUUUCAUAAAACAAAAAUUAAACAUGAUUACUAAAACUAUAAAAAACACUUAUAGUUUAUUGAAAAAAUUAAUAAAAUUAAUAUUAUACCAGGGUACAAAAUGAUUUCUUUUGACGUCAAAAAUGUAUAUACAUCCACUCCUAAACACGAAACAGUACAAUUUUAAAAAAUAAACUUAUACAUAGUAAUAAAUUCAACACAAUCGAAGUACAAGAAAUUAUUCAAUCAAUAAAUGUAAUUAUUAAUCAAAACUACUUCCAAUAUAACAAUAAAUUAUACUCGUAAAAAGGAUGGCUAGUUAUGGGUAUAAGCGUGUGCAGGAGGUAUGGAGGGUAUGCAGCUAUAUUCCCUGAACACUAGUCCCGGAUUUAGAGGAGAGAAUAGGAAGCUACGUCCCUGAGGUUCUCAAAAACUAUAAUAUGAGUUAAAUCAAAUAUUUGUAAAAUAUGUACAUUUUAUGUUGUAAUUCAAUUUAAAUUUUAAGUAAAAAUUAUAUUUUUAAUCAAACAGUUGGUAAGACAUUUCAAUAUGUGUGUAUAUUUUUUUACCAGAGUUUUAUAUGCUUAAAUAACAUUUAGAGACGUUAUAGUGACAGCCUUCUGCAUUCCUUGAAAAAGGGACCUACGCAAUCCUAUGGUUAUAGGUGGUCCUUUAAGUGUACUUUUAUAUAAAAUUUACAUUCAAAAUUAUGAUACCAAUAAUAUUAUUAACAACAAAAUAUACAGUCCAUGUAUAAAAGUAUAUUAUAGAUAUGUUAAUGACACAUUUUAUUUAAAGGUUUAAAUAGACAAGCAGAAAAUUUAGUUAACUACUUAAACAAAAUAAAUAAAAAUAUUUAAUUUACACUCGAAAUAAAUCUAAAUAAUGAAUUUAAUUUCUUAGAUCUUACAGUUUCCAUAAUAAAAAAUAAAUUUGAUUUUAAUAUUUACAGAAAACCUAGACAAACUAAUUACUGAUGCUAUAAUAACACAUGAUUUUAAUCACCCUUAUUCUCAAAAAAUACAAUUUUUUAAUUCAAUAUUCUAUAGGCUUGAACGCAUUCCAUUAAAUAAACAUAAUUAUCAACUUGAGCUCGAUAUUAUCUAUAAUAUAGUACAUAGAAAUAAUUUCAAUUUAAAUACUAUUAAAAAAAUGCAUAAAUGUAUUAAAGAAAAAACAUUACAUAACUCACCAAAUAAUGUUAACUAUCAGUAAGUAUAAAUAUGAAAUAUCAAAAUAAUAUGUCUAACGAAUUUGCUGAAAUUCUGAAUAGUAAACAAAUAAUGUAAAAAUCGCUUUGAGACUAAUAAUAAUUUAGUCAAAAAUAUAAACAAUAGAACUAAAAACUUUACAAAAAAUCCCAAAAAUUCAAAAAAGCAUUUGAAAAAACUUACAUGUAACUAUCAUACAUUUUAUAAAGGUAAGACAAAAAGACAUUUUAAAAUAAGAUAUAAAGAACACAUUUCUGAAAUAAAAUUUAAAAAGACUGCCCAUAAUUCAAAUUUUACUAAACAUGUUUUAGAUAAUAACCAUAAUACAAACUUUAAUAUUAAUACACACUUAGAGAUAUUAAAUGCUCAAAAUAAAAUUUACAUUAAUUCAGUUUUAGAAGAAUUACAUAUUUACAAUGAAAUAAAGACAAAUAAUUUUAAUAAUAUUUUAAAUGUACAAACCGAUUUUGAAAAUAAUAUCUUAUGUCAAUAUAUUUUAAAUAAUAAAUAAUAACCAAAUAAAUUUAUAUUUUUUAACAUACGAGGUGUGGCUAUUAAAUAACGAGACUUCUUAUGAAAAAUGGUUUUAUUUUAAAAAUUAUUCCACAACCAAAUGUUCCCCUUCAAUAUACUCUCCUCCCCUCUUCACACGCCGUUUCAUUCGUUUCUUCCAUUGCUCGAGGCAGUACUGGAAGUCUGUUUUCGUAAGACCAUUCAGGAGUUCCGCCGAUUUUUGUUUCACCUCUUCCAUCGACUCAAACCGGAUUCCUUUUAAGGCAGACUUUAUCUUCGGAAACAAGUAAAAGUCGCAGGGUGCCAAGUCGGGUGAGUAAGACGCGUGUUCGAGUACUGGAGUGCCUUAAGCGGCCAAAUAACGCUUCACGCUUUAUCCUGGUGCAAGAUCCACGACUUGUUUUUCCACAAUAUCGACCGUUUCUUACGAACUCAUUCGCGCAAUGUUGCCAAAACUGUUAAAUAGUAAUGUUGGUUCACAGUUUGACCCUCUGGAACCCAUUCAGUCAUCACGAUGCCGUUGAUAUCGAAGAAAACGAUCUGCAUAGUUUUGAAUUUGGAUUACGACUGAAUUGGAUUCCAGUGCACUCUCAACCUUCAGAAAAUAAUUUAUGCCACUCAAAAACACGCGCCCGAGAUAGGAAAUCCUCACUAUAGGACUCUUUUAACAACUUAUAGCACUCAGUUGGAGUUUUUUUUAGUUUAACGAGAAAAUUUUACGUUUAUCCGUUGCUCAUGUUUUUCGUCACACAUCGUUUUCGGCAAGAGAAAAAAACAUGUUCGUUUCUAAACGCUACAGAAAAAAUACUAAUGCACCAACAAAAACCCAAUUUUGUACUGGCAUAAUAGACACUUCCAGCUAACCAGCGCUGUAUUCGGUUUUCCCCUGACCUUUUUGGGACGCUCUCUGCGCGCGCAGUCUCAUUAUUUAAUAGCCAAACUUCGUAAUUUAGUAUGUACAAUAUAUUAUAUGAAUUUAGUAAUCUUUAUUUUCGAAUAUUUUUUAAUAUCGUUUUAAAAAAAAAACCGUCAACGUUUUAUGUCUAUGCUCACCCCUAAUAUUUACCAGAAAAUAAGUAUACCAGUGCAUGAUAUAUUUGAAAAAUUCCCUUCUAUGAAAACCCGAAGGUAAUCUUUUAUAUUAUAAAUUUAGAAUAUUAUACUUACUUAAAUUAAAAUUUCUAAUUUUAUUUUUUAAAAUAUUAUUUUUUACAAAUAUAAAAAGAGUCCAAUUCCUAUGUCUAUUAAUAAAAUUGUUUUAUUGGUGAAGUUACUUUUUUAAAGAAUGGGUGAAAAAAUAUUUCGCUCCUCCCGUAAGAAAGGUCUAGAUACACCAUUGUGAUAGAUAUACAUUGCCUUGUAGGUAUGCGUUAAAUAGAAAAAGAAACGACAAUACUAACUUUUACUGUGGCGGUAUCUUAAUAUUAUGUGAAAAUAAAUUUCAAUGACAUUUAAUACCUAUAUGUACGUAAUAUUUAAUCAUAUUGUUUCAGAGAAUACCAUACAAAAGUGAACACAACUUUCAAUCACAAUAAUACAAUAACAUACAAACAGUUUAAAAGUUGGAAAUACGAUCGUAUCAUUUCAAACGGAUCGUUGUCUGAUGAAGUUACCACUAUUAAUGUUGUGCUUAAUGUAAAUUUGAUAAUAAAUCUGUUGUUAUUGUUCUAUAAUUGGAUCUAGGACAAUUCGACGUAGGAAAAAUUCGAUGCAUGAAAAAAAAAUUAAUAUCUAUUUUUAAAUCAUAUAUUAUUAUUAUUAUUUUAUAAGUCCACAGUUAGUAUAAUAAAUAUUUAUAUUAUAUUCAAACAUAGUGUUCCAUUUAAAUGAGUACACUCAUUAUCUCGGGAAAGUAUUAACUUUUUUCAGAAUUUUUUUUGUAGCUCAACUAAAAAACAAAUAGCUUUACAAUUUUACAUUUAUGUUAUUUUUCAUGGUGGUUUUACUACCAAAAAUAAAGGAGACAAACAAUAAUAUACAUUUAAAAUUAUAAAACUACUUGUUUCUUAAUUUUUCAAAUUCCAAAAAAAGUUAAUACUUUCCGUAAUUUUAAAAUAGCCAACUUUUAAAAUAUUUAAUUCUAACAAUUUUAAUGUAACAUACAUUCUCAUAUCCCAUCAAUAAUUUCUUAAUAAUAGCCGUUUUCAUUUCUAGAAAAUCGGCGUGAGAACAAUUAAUGUCCAAUAGACGAUGAGGAAUUACCGCUCUGAUUGCGAUUCUUUAUUGCGUAACGUGUUAUUAAAAAAAAAAAAUGAAUAUUGACAGAAUUAUUAAUAUAAGGAUAACACUGUAAGACACCUGUAAAUAUGAUGUACGCUCUCGUUCUUUUACUUCAGCAAUUGCAUUAAUAAUAAAAUACCUAGAUACUUAACAUAAAGGCACUGUAAAAAAAUGUUUAAAUAUUAUUUAGAACUAACUUGUCUAUUAAUCGUUAAUAAAAAUAAACAAAAUGGUAUAAAAAUAUGUUUUUUUAUCCCUCAAUAAAUUGUCCUCACGCCGAACUGUCCCAUCUCUCGUAUUAUUUUAUUGAAUAAUAAUAUAAUAAUUUAUUGAUUCAUUAAUUUUGUAGAUUUUGGGUGAAAAAUUACUGGCCAUCGAUAAAACGUGGUUAAGUGUCAUAGCCGGUUACUAUUUAAAAUUGUCGAACAUUAAGCCAUACGUGACCAAAACGGCUGGUGAUUUCAUUUUUGAAGGUUACGACGAUCCUCUUUUGAAUGUUGCGAUACAAUUAAAAAGGUUCUUUCCCCUCGAUUUACCGUUCAAGAAAGUGGGAUGGUUUUAUGGAGUAAUAUAAUAUAAAAGGUGUUGUAAAUUUUUAAACUUUAUUGAAAUAACAACGAAUUAUUAUCAAUUUCCAGAUGAAUAUGUCCACGUCUGCUGAUGGAUUAAUCAACAUGUUUACUGGAAAAGGAGACAUCGACCGGCUUGGUUUAUUGCAUUCGGUUAAUUACAAAUCAAAUUUAAACAACUUCAACGAAGAUUGUAGUCAUUCAAACGCCGCUUCUGCAGGUGAUCUAUGGCCUGAACACACGGCCAGCGAACCCAAUGCAUCGAUUUACGUGCCCACCCUUUGCAGGUACACCAAACACUCAGAACUUAAACCCAAUUUGGACUACAACCCAAAUCUCGUGAACAAAAAAACAUAAAAAUAAAUAUUAAAAGUAUAUAUUAGGUAGGUAAAAAUUAUACAAAUAUAUUAAAUAUAAAAUAUAAAAGACGUCCUAGGAUAAUAGAAACAGAUGCAACCACUAUUAUAUAUAAUUUAAUGUACACCUAUAAGUAACGAUAAACCAUUGCUUACAAAAAAACGACUCUGAGUGGAGUUCAGUUGAUAGUGAUGCUUCGUCAACAAUAUAGAUAUAGACAUAGAUGUCAUUUUAUAAUAAAAAAAUUAAAUAGGCUUUAUAUAUUUCUUUAAUAAUAUUUGAUUAAUGUUGUACCGAUUUUCCCAAGUAUCCUACGUUUUUCCCGGUUUUCCCAUGUUUUAUCAUGGUUUUACACAUUUGCUAGAAAAAUUCUUGAGAAAAUCGAAAAUACGACCUCUCUAGAAUACCUUCCCAGUGAAAUUUCCUUUUAAAAACAUUGCUAUUUCUUAAAAGUCGGAACAAAAUUACUCGUAGAAAAAAAAUAAUAUCUUAGUAAUAUAUUUUGUACAUUUUCCCGUGUUUUUUCGGUUUUCAAAUUUUAUGAGAAAACUCUUGAGAAAAUCGAAAAAUGACUUCUUUAAGUACCUCCCUACACUGAUUUCCUUUCAGAAAAGGUGCUACACAUAAAAAAUCCGAGCAAGUCUUCUGAUAGAAAAGUAAUUAACAGAUAAAAAAAAAACACCUUUGUAAAAUCUUGAUAAACUUCGUUCCAUUUAGAGUCUAAAAUCACGAUCACGGCUUUUUUUUUUCAUUAUUAUACAAUAAGAUCGGCGGAUCCUAUAGCAGGGUCGCAGAAUGAAUCGGCAUGGGGCCAUUAAAUUCAUUAAUAUCUCUCUCUCACUUUAUUGUAUACAAUUCAACACUGUAUUUUUUGAGUUCUAUACCGACCUAUCGUAUUAAAUGUUUUUUAACAUAUUUCCGGUGUAUCUAUACCUACUAUACUGCAGCAUAUGAUUAUUGUCAAAUUAAUUUUUGCUGACUAAUUUUUAACUAAUCGUUGGUAAAGUCGUUUGCGUUAAACGCGUUUGCACAAAAUAAAUCUUCGUCUAAUCACGUCUAUUUCAACUAUGUAUUUACUAGUUUUUGUUUUGUUUUUUUAAAUUAGUCAUUUAUUUUUAAUAAUAAUAAACGAAACAUAGGUAUUAAAAAUAUUACAGCCUUUUUUUUUCCUGUAGAUAACUUUUUUACCGGCAAUUUUGAUCCAACUUUUAAAGAUAGCAAUUUUUCUAAAAGAAAUUUCACCGGGGAUGUAUUUUAAAGAUACAAUUUUCUCAAGAGUUUUCUAAUCAAAUGCGAAAAACCGAAGAAAAAAAAAACGGAAAAAUGUACGAAAUAUUUUAGUAUAAUAUUACGAUUUUAGAUUCUGAGUGUACUGAAGAAUGGUUUUACUAAGAUGUUUAAAUUUUUUUUUCUUUUUCUAUUUUAUACUGUGUACACAAAAUUGACCAUAAAUCUUGUUCAAAUAUGUACGCGCGUCAAAUUAUGUGGAUCAAAUCUAAGUUUUAAAUUUUUUUUUUUUUUGAACAUAUGUAUAUUGUCUAUUUUAGAAUGAUGGUUAAGUCAGAAUUAAGCAGACUAACCAAGUUUUGAAAUUAUAGAUUUUUAAAGUUCUGAUAUUAUGCGGACAUGUUAUGUUAUGUAAAUAACUUUGUAUUGUCCUUGAUGAAUAUUUGUCGUAAUCUAAUGGUUAUUUAUGCUUAUUAUCAUCCUAGGGGUUCCAAAUUCAAACCAGUGUGAUAAAAAAAAUGUUUCGCAUUUUUCACCCUUUUACCUAAACAAGAAAAAAACAAAUGCGUUUUGGAUGUACCUAGAGACCCAAGCCUCCUUCGGAUUAUUUUAAUCGCAAAAUACCCCUCGAUUUGUUGUGCAAACUUUUCUAUCUGAAAUCUUGCUCCGAUGUAUCAAGUCUACCUUAUUUUCUAAAAGGAAGAUUUAUCUCUAAGAUAAUUUAAAAUAGUUGUUUGUUGAUUUUUCAAGUAGUUUUCAUAAUAUCUAGGAAAAACCGGGAUAAAAUGUCGGAAAAAAGGAAAAAUGUACGGAUGUACCUAUUAGUAAAAAAAUAUUAUGGUCUUUUUUUCUGUGUUCAACUUUUCUACCAGCAAUUUUGCUCCGUUUUAAAAUGAUAGCAUUUUUACUGAAAGGAAAUCUGACUUGGAAGGUACUUAAGGAAGGUAAUUUUUCGAUUUUUCGAGUUUUUCCAAUGCAUGGGAAAAAUCGGUACAAUAUUAAACAAAUGUUAUUAAAGAAAAUAUAUAAGGCCUAUUUAAUUAUUUUAAUAUAUGACAUAUAUAUUGUUAACAAAACAUUACUUUUAAUUGAACUACGCUAUGAAUCGUUUUUUUUUUGUUGGGGAACUUUAGAAAGGUCGUUUUUCGUUUUUUUCCGGAGUUUUCUCAGCAAAUGUGAAAAACUGGGAAAAAACAUGGGAAAACCAGGGAAAUGACGAACCUACAUUGUAGACCCAUUACUUUUACCACUUUGUCAUUCCAUUGGAACCUAUCAUUUGCAUCCUCUAAUUGUAUAUUUUCAUGGAUCACUGCUAGAUCUUUCUCUACUGCAUCCUUCCAUCUUGUUUGGGGCCUCAUAUAUGUUUUUUUUUCACAAUUCUACUUUCUGUAACUUGUUUUAUAAGUUUCCCAUCUGUUCUCCAAACGUGUCCAGUCAUUCUAUUCUCUACUGUACGAUAAUAUAUUUGGUCUCAUUCAUUCAUUCAUUAUUAUGUCUUCUUUAGUACAUUCUCAUUUCCAUAUUAUACACUGGGCCAAAUAUUUUUCUGAGCACUUUUCUUUCCGGCGUACUUAAUUUAGAAUCAUAUGAAAUUAUCAUCAGAAAUUUAGUUACCUUUUGUAGUAGCUUAUGUCUCAUAGCCAUUUGUCAAUAUUGAUUUCAAGUAGCUUGUAUAAUAAUUCCCCCUGUGGGUCCGGGGGUAGAAUAGGACCACAGUAACUCCUGCUUAUCGUAAGAGGCGAUUAAAAGGAGGUAGCGGAGGGAAGUAGCAACCGCUACUACCGACCAUAUGGCGAGUUUUGUAGCAAAACUAACGGCAAUGGAAGGGCAGGGUGGAGGCAGCUUGGAGAUAGUUCAAGCAAUGGCUCACCAACUGCGAUGCAGAAAGCAAGAGGAAACUACUGCAUUAAUCUUCCUGAGGAUAAUGAUGAAAUGAUGAUGAUUGUAGAGGUAAAGAAUUCCGGAGGUAAAAUAGUCCGCCGUUCGGAUCUCCGGGUGAGGACUGCCAAUACAAGGUCGUCAAAAGAGAAGUGAAAAAGGAGAAUAGCGACGUGGAAUGUCAGAUCACUAGGAGUAUGUGGAAAACUUGAAAACUUGAAAUUAGAAAUGGAGCGUUAUAAAAUUGAUGUCUUACGUAUUAGUGAAAUUAAAUGGACAGGACUAGGGGAUUUCUGGUCUGAAGACUAUAGAAUAAUAUUUAAUGGCGACAAGAACAAAAUUGCAGAUCACCCCUAUUACCAUUUAUUUCUGAAACCAGUGUUCUAGUUCUCAUAAUAGAUGAAAUUGCUUUCUUAGCAUCGUAUCAAAAUAGAAACUAAACAAACGGAUAUAUUUAUAAUACAGAUUUACAUGCCAACAUCUAGUCACAAAGACAAAGAAAUCGAGGAAUUGUACGAGCAAAUUUCAGAAGUAAUAGAAAUGGCAAAAGAAAAAGAUAAUUUAAUCAUUUUGGGUGAUUGGAAUGCCGUUGUGGGCGAGAGAACAGAACCAGGAGUAACAGGAAAGUUUGGACUUGGAACAAGGAAUCAAAGGGGUGAUAGACUUAUAGAAUUCUGUAAGGAAAGAGAUAUGAUAAUCACCAACACGUUAUUCUCACAACCAAAACGGAGAAGAUACACUUGGACCAUGCCAGGUGGAGGUAACAGAUAUCAGUUGGAUUACAUAUUAGUAAAAAAAGAUAUAGAAAUCAGGUAAAGCAAAGUAAAAGUUACCCAGGGGCAGACAUAAACUCAGAUCAUGAUCUGGUAAUCAUGGAAACAAGAUUAUGUCUUAAAAAGUCUACAAGAAAUUAAGAGACAAAGAAAAAAUGGUGUGUAGAAAAACUUAAGCAGGAAGGAACAAGAAAGCAAUUCUUCGAGGAGGUAAAUAGAAUAAUACGAAUAAAAUCAACAGAACCAAUAGAAGAACUGGACAGUUAUGAGAAUACAUGGACAAUUUUUAAAGAAGCAAUCACAAAAACGGCUGAUAAGAUAUCAGGAAAAACGAAGAACAUUCCAAUAAAGCCAUGUAUUAGCACUAGACUAGUAGAGCUCAUAGAGACAAGGAGAAAGUAUAAAAAUGGAAAAACAGAAGAGGAUAGGAGGGAGUACAAAAAAUACAGAAACAUGGUGAACAGAGAAGCUAAGAGAGCAAAAGAGGAAUGGUUAGAAAAUAAGUGCUCAGAAAUAGAAAAUUGUUUAGUUAGAGGCUUAAGUGAUAAAGCAUAUAAAAUUAUAAAACAGUUUUUUGGGGCAUACAAAAGCGGAGCGAAAGUACUUAGAGAUAAAGAUGGAAGUAUGGUUCUGGAAGAUAGAGAACAAAUUCUAGUAUGGAAAGAAUACGAGGGUUGUCCCAAAAGUAAUGCACAAUUUGCUCUGAAUAAAUAAGUUUUUAUUUUAAACUAAAUACAAUAUUAUAGACCUUUGAUAUAAUCUCCCUGUUUGUCUAUACACGAUUGCCAUCGUUUCGGGAGCGCUUGAAUACCGCAUAGGACGCCAUCUUUGUUGAGUUCACGGAUCCUUCGGCUCACUUCUUCAUUUAGUAUAUCUAAGUUGGGAAAACGGAUCCCUCUAAGUGGUUCCUUCAGUUUUGGAAAUAAAUCAAAGUCCGGAGAACUUAAAUCCGGCGACUACGGUGGGUGUUUGAAGCGUUCCCAUCCAUAUUUCUCCAAAAGAGCAACGACUGGUGCUCCGAUAUGCGGCCGCGUAUUAUCGUGCAAUAUGGACACACCAUUUUGUAACAUUCCUGGUUGCUUUUUACGGAUUUCUGGUCGCAAUUUUUUAGCAAAGAAUGUUUUGUAGUAAUCCCCGGUUACACUACUGCCAAUUGGAACUCGAUCAGUGACAAUUAUCCCAAGUUUAUCGUAAGCAAAAAUCAUCAUUUGUUUCACCUUUGUUUGCUGGCGACGAACUUUUUUUGCUCUUGGUGAUGUUAUUCCCUUCCAAAUAUUGCUUUGAGAUUUUAAUUCCGGCUCAAAAUCACGGAUCCAAGUCUCAUCUAUUGCAAUUAUACGAUCAAGAAACGUUUCUUUUUCAUUUUCGUAGCGAGAAAGGAGUUCACGGCAGAUGUCUUUGCGUGUAUCCUUCUGUUCCGGUGACAGAAAAUGAGGCACCCAACGUGCUGCAAUCUUUCGUUUCUGUAGAAUUUCCGUUAAAAUGCGGUGAACACUUGAUUUUGAAAUACCUGUUUCAUUCUCUAUCUCUCUCACCGUUAUUCGUCGGUCUUCAUCGAGUAGAGUUGCGAGAAUAGCCGCGUUAGUGUUGUCUUGAGUAACCGUAGAGGGUCGGCCAGAGCGAGGGUUGUUAUCAAUACUUAUACGACCAUCACGGAAUCGCUGAUGCCAUCUUUGCACCGUACUACGAUCCACAGUAUCCGUUCCAUACAUUUCAUUUAACGCGGCAUGAAUUUCAGGCACUGUUUUACCACGAAUCGUUUCGAUUUUAAUGUAUGCGCGUUGCUCAAAAACAGAAAUGUGAGCCGACGAAUUGUUCUCACUUUCGUUAUCGCUCUCACACAUCAUCAUACUUUACUAAAACAACUAAAACUGAAAACGCACGUGUUCGUUAGACUUCAAGCUACAAACUGAUACUAAAAUCAGCUGAUAAUAUCACAUUGCAAGACAGCUAGAGCGCGCUGUGCAUUACUUUUGGGACAACCCUCGUANUCAGAAUAAAUAAACCCAUAUAUAUAUAGCCUUCGUAGAUUUGGAAAAGGCAUUUGAUAAUGUUAGAUGGGAAAAACUUUUUCAUAUUAUAGAUAAGAUAGGUAUUGACUUUAAAGACAAAAGAUUAAUACAUAAAUUAUAUACAAAUGAAAAAGCUAUGAUAAAAGGUGAAUACGACACAUACGAAGAGGCGGAAGUUCAAAAAGGAGUAAGACAAGGGUGUAAUUUAUCACCUGCUUUAUUAAACUUAUACAUUGAGGAAGUGCUAAAAGAUCUGAGAGAGGAAGAGGUAGGAGGGAUCAAGAUUGGUGGGAUGCUAGUCCAGAUGCUUCGAUUUGCAGAUGAUAUUGCCAUGAUAGCAGACAGUGAAAAAAAUCUAGAAAGAAUGCUCCAAAAAAUGAAUAACAUACUCAAACAAGAAUACAAUAUGAAUAUUAAUAAAACGAAGACAAAGAUACUAGUUGGUAGUAGACAACAAGUUGAUACAAACAUAAUCAUGGAUGGCAUUAAGUUGGAAAACGUAAAUAGUUAUACAUACCUCGGAAGCAGAGUCACUAGUGACGGGAAAGAUGCUACAGAUAUAAGAUGUAGGAUAGCGCAAGCUAAACAAGCUUUUUUCAAAAAGAAGAAACUCCUAACCACAAAUGCUAUAAAUAAAAACAUAAGAAAAACAUUAGUAAAAACACUUGUAUGGAGUGUGGCGCUAUAUAGAGCUGAAUCGUGGAUAAUAUUGAAAGCUGACUGAAGAAAAAUAGAGGCUUUUGAAACAUGGUGCUGGAGAAGGGUCCUGAAAAUUCCUUGGACAGAUCGGGUGACUAGUAAAGAAGUAUAUAAAAGAAUAAAUGAAAGAAGAGCAAUAUGAACGACAAUCGUGGAGAGAAUAAAGAAGUGGAUAGGACAUCUCAUAAGGAACAAUUCAUGGAUAACGACUAUAAUUGAAGGAAAAAUCGAGGGAAAACCAGGAAGAGGAAGACCUAGACAGGCAUAUAUGAAACAUAUCAUGUUGGAUAUAGGAAAAGAGUCAUAUAUAGAACUAAAGAGAGUCGCAAUGAAUAGAGAGGAAUGGAAGAAUAUUUCAUCGUUCAACCAAUCUACGGAUUGGAAAAAAAAUAAAAAAGUAUAAUAACUUUGACUUAUAUAAUUUUAGUAAACUGUAGUAACAUCAGUUCGCGCUUAUUACUCAUUCUUUUAUCUUUUCAAAUACAUUAUUUUUGUCGUUUAUAUUUAUCCCUAAAUGUUUAUACGAUGAUACUUUUUCAAAUAAAUAUGAGUCUACUUAUAAAAUUGAUUCAUUACUAUUGCUUCAUGAUAUACACAUACAUUUUGUUUUUCCUUAAUUAACUUCUAGCCCCAUGAUCUUACCUGCUUCCAAAAGCUUUCUUGUGGUUUGCUUUACUUCGUUUCUGGAAUUUUCCAGGACAACUACAUCAUCCGCAUAGGCAAGAACAGCACCUUUUCCACCUACCUUCAUUUCUCGCGUUUCGUCGGCUGCUUUCACUACCCAUUCAAGGGCCAUGUUAAAUAGUAUUGGUGAUAAUGCGUCUCUUUGGCAAAAGUCAGAUUUCACUUCGAACGUUUCAGAUAAUUCUUCUUGAAAUUUCACCUUAAAAAUAGUGUUACUCUUACACAUUCUAAUCAAGUCUACAUAUUUUUGAGGAAUACCAUGUUCUAUGUUUCCAGAACACCGCAAUAUAUAACUCCAUGAACAGAUAAAACAAAUAUGUAACAGUUAUAAUCUGCAAUAAAUCAAAUAUCAUUGAAAAAUUAUAAUUACUAAAUUUGUCUGGUUUUGUCUCUAAUAUUCUAUGCCUAUAUAGUUAGUCAUAUUAGUGUGAGGCCAAAAGUUUAUGACAGUUUUGUAUAAAACUCAUCGAUUUGAGAAAAAAAGUCCUUUAAGAAAAAUGGAUGUCUCUAAUAGUUUUCGAGAUAUCAAUAUCUCGAAAUUGACACCUUCAAAAAUUUGAUAGGAAUUAAUCCAAAAUGUGGGCAAAAAUAGAUAUUAUUAUUAUUUUUAGUUAUAGAUAUUUUGAUAACAAAGUUUUUUUAUUGAAGUCAGAAUAAUUUUAUUUAGCUUAAAAACUUUCAAACGCGCCGUGUUUCAAUGUGUUCACUCGGACAAUAAAAUUUUAAUCGAAAAUAACUUUUGUAGUGCAAAAGUAUGUUGAAUAGAACACAGGGUAAGGUUAAAUGUUUCAUUAAUACUGUUGAUAUAAAUUGAAAAUAUGUUUCGAGUUUUCGAGAUUUUGUCAAUUUCGAGAUAUCGAUAACUAUUAAAUAUCGAUUUUUCUUAGAGCACUUUUCUUCACGAAUCGAUUAGCAUUAUCCAAAACCACCAUAAACUUUUGGCACCACACUUAUUGGACGUGUAUAAAGAAUUAUAAUUCGUAUUAAUUUGCCAAUUAUUUUAAUUUAUUUUUAUAUUUGUUGUCAAACUAAUCCAUAGUCUAACCAUGGAAUCUGGGGGGUCCAGACCCACUGAAUCACCCCCCCCCCCCUAACCUAACCACCACUGGUGACUUCAAUUAUUACUAAAACUAUUAUUCAUUAUUUUCUGUAGUGCCAUUACCAUGACCAAAAGAAAACAUACAGAUGUCAAUGGUAUAAGAGGUAUCGAAUUCAGCGCUGGAUCCGACGUUUUCAAUAAUACUUGCUAUUGUCCUUCGUCCGAAUGUCCUUUGCCGGGCUUACGGUCGUUGAAUUUGUGUAAGGACAACCCCAGUCCGAUGUUUAUUUCGUUUCCUCAUUUUUAUUUGGCCGAUAAAUCGUACAACAAAUCUAUAGUCGGCAUGAAUCCUGAUCGGGCCUUACACGAGUUCAAAAUGAUUUUGGAAAAUGUGAGUACAAACUAUUCGAUUAUAGAUUUGUUAUAAUAGGUGAUUUAAAAAGAUAUUUUUUCAAAAAUUAAAAAAUUGAAUUUUAUCACAUAAUUUUUGUUGCUCGUAUUACACAAAAGAAGCAUUAUUUACAUUUAUUUUAGAUUCUGAGUGGAGCAAAAAAGCUUAUGGUCUUAAAAGAUUUUUAUUUUUUUUUUCUGUGGACAACUUUUCUACGAGAGGAAGUUUUAAUUAUACCAAUAGAUUAAGCGUCUAAAAAUACACCUUUUAGGAAAAAAAACAUUUGAAUAUGUUAAAUUCUAUCUAAGAAAUACUAAGAAAAGGAAAAUCCUUACUUUAUGAAGUUUUCCCCCAUAACUUUCAAACGAAGUUCGUUAGACUUUUUUUUUAAAUUCUUAAUGUAUACGAAAAACACACAUUUUAGGAAAAAAAUAACAUGGUUGCUAAACUAGAAUUAUGCCUUACUUCUUUCUAUUAUUCUAAAAUAUUAUAAUUAUAAUUAAUAAAAAAUAUAUUUCGUGGUUGCAGUAGUAAAUUUGUUUUUAUAGACUGCGGUAAAUCGUCACAUUUUCAAUGGGAGAUGAAACAAAUAAAAAUCGAGAAUAAAAAGUAAAAUCGUCUUAUCUACCUAACUGGACUAUGGAAAGUCGUAAUUUAAAAGCCGGAUCAUAAAAAAAUGCCAAUUUCUAAUCAAUACAUCAAGCUUUUCCUUGGAAAUCAGCUGAAAUGUAUGUUUCGAUAUUAGAUUAUUUAUAAUUUGAUGUACUUUUAAGUCAAUGAGGGUGGGGCUAACUUCCCACACUCCUGCGCAUGCCACUGGGUAGAGAAAUGUAUGAGAAGCGUUGUUAUAAAUUGUCAAGAUUUACUAAUUAGGUAGAAAUAUUUUAUUGACAUUUGACGAAAAAAAAAUUAAUAAAACAUGAAAAUGUAAUAUUUUACAUAUUUAUUAUAAACAAUAAAAGAACAAGUGACAACUGCUGUUGCAAAAUAGUGUUGUAAUAUAAAAAAAUGAUUAAUUAUAUGACUGGCGAGAAAAGGUUGUUUACUUAUCAUAUACUUCUAUCAAAGUCCAAACUGGGAAUUGUUUAUGAUGGUGGACUUACUGAUGUGUCCCCUCUCGCCCUCUAAUAAUUUCACUGCCUAUCUUAUUACGAUAAUAAUUAUUACUUAAAUAUUGGUAUUUCUAAUGCCAACUUUUGAAAACUUUAGUACUAAAUACGACUAUUACAUCUAUUGUAUACCCGUGGACUAUCUAUGUAUAUUUAAUCAAUGCUAACACCUACAUUUCUCAUAUAUUUUCCCGUUUUUUUUUCAGUUUUUUAAAUUUGAUAAAAAAAUUCUUGAGAAAACCGAAAAAUAACUUCUUUAAAGUGCCUCCCUAGUGAAAUUUCCAUUUAGAAACAUUACAUACUAUCAUGAAAAGUUGGAGCAAAACUGCUGGUAGAAAAGUUGUUCAUAGAAAAAAGGAAAGCCGUAAUAUAUUUUAACUAAUACAUACAUUUCAUACAUUUUUUCCGUUAUAGAUUCCUAGCGUAGCCAGCGUUUUAUUAAGAUGUUUUUUUUUCUUCUUCUUCUAGUAUGUGGACACGUUUUUUCCUAGUAAAAUUGCUCUGAUUUUUUCAUGUAGCAACUAUUCUGAAAGCUCAGAUUGUCUUAAUGUUACUUCAGAAGUCAUUUUUUGAAUAAAAGCACUUAAGUGGGAAAAAAACGUACAAUUUCACGAUUUCAUUAUUUUAUAAAAACAUAGACGACGGUUUUACUACCAGAAAAAUCAGAAAAUGUUUAUCAUUGCUUACAGAUAUAAAUGAAAUAACCUUAUAUAUCCUACCUAACCUAUAUACCAGCAUUUUCAAAUGCUUUUUUAAAUUUUUGGGAUUUUUUGUAAAGUUUUUAGUUCUAUUGUUUAUAUGUUUGACUAAAUUAUUAUUAGUCUCAAAAGCGAUUUUUACAUUAUUUGUUUAUUAUUCAGAAUUUCAGCGAAUUCGUUAAACAUAUUAUUUUGAUAUUUCAUACUUAUACUUACUGAUAGUUAACAACAUUAUUUGGUGAGUUUUGUAUUUUUUUCUUUAAUACGUUUCUAAAUUUUUCCCAUUUUAAAUAAUCUCUCCUAUUAAAUUGUUAUUAUGUAAAACAACCAAUUUAUAUAAUUUUUUUUUUUUAUUUUUUCCUUCAUUUAAUUUUAGAUUCCAAGUAGAGCGACUGUUGUAUAUUCGUACCAUUUCCGACACACAUUAUUCUUUCAUGCUCUAAUGGCAGGGUUACAGAUCUAGGGUUUAUUCUAAGUAGCAAACCGAGAGUCCCACAUCGAACAUAUUUGUUGUAAGGCUUUUAAAACUCAGUGGUUUGUCUUAAGAUUAUGUAAAGACUUUCGGUUAGGCUUAUCCUCUAUGGUGUUAUAUUGUGCAAUUUUACGCCCUAUUCUGGAGUAUGAUUCCAUUAUUUGUGAUCCUUAUGACAUCAAUGAUUCCUUGAAGCUGGAAAGAGUCCAACAAAAAUUCUUGAGGUACGCAAGCUUAAAAUUGAAUAUCCCAUGUGAACCCGAUAACUAUGAACCUGUUCAUAGGUUAGUACCAAUAAUUCAUACCAUGGAUAGGGUUCUAUUAUGCUUGGCCAUUUUUUAAAGUUAUAAAUUAAGUAAUGUCUGAUGAGAUAGGGCUCAAACUCGCAGGAUAGAUGUAAAACUCAUGAAAAUAUUUUGUUUCCAUGUUUCGCAAUAUGAGUAGGCUAUUGUUGUAGGUUAGAAGUUUGGAAUGGUAUAAUAUGUAUUAUAUUAUGCUUAUUGAUUCUUAAUUUUAGUACAUACCUAUUCGUACAUAUUAGUACAUAUUCGUAAUAUUCUUUGUUUAUAAAAUUACUAAUUUAUUUUUCUAACGACUAUGAAAAUUAAAAUACAUUAUUCUAUAAAAUUGUAAUAUACCAUAUAUUCAUAUCCUUUCCAUAAUUACAUAUACGUAACACAGCACACCUUGACGAAAUCUGAUGCAUGACUGCAUAUAGUAAAAAUUUAAAUUUUCUUAUAUAAGUUUGGUCAAAGGGGGGUGUUUGAAAACCAAAACAUCCCUCGCUACGUUACUGUCAGUUUAAGUUAGAAGUGGUUAUAGUAAAAUAUGACAACUAAUAGUAAAUUUAAGACAUGAAUUAAGAUGAAAUUUUGCUAUUAUUUGUUAUUUUGUUCGUAACUUAUGGACAUAUUUUGUUAUAGGAUUAUUCGAUACCGCUUUAUGUUGCCGCUAGACUCCAAUUCAAUAUUAGAGUGCGCCCUAUUAAGAAUUUCAAGUAAUUAUAAGCAUUAAAUAAUAUUUUCUACAUAAUAAUUUAAAAGUUAUAUACUUGUAUUAUAAUUUUAAAUAUUAUUGUAUUUUUUUUUUUUUUUAGAAUUCUUGAAGAUGUACCAAAAGUAUUUUUACCCGUAUUUUGGUUUUCCGAAACCUUUCAAAUACCGCACGAUUUGUCUAACCAAUUGCUUAUUGUUACAAACGUGUUACCAACUUACGUAACUUAUUUGUGGUUUAUUAUGAGCUUAAUUGGAUUUUUGGUAAUAAUUAUUAGCACCUACUUGUGCGUGAAGAAUACAAAUAAAUCAUUUUCCGUCUUGAGCUCAAAAUGA